AUGGACGAUAUUGCACCCGAGUAUGACGUUGUUGUGUUAGGCACAGGCUUAACGGAAUGUGUGCUUUCCGGUGUUCUGAGCGUCAAGGGCCAAAAGGUCUUGCAUAUUGAUCGUAACGAUCAUUACGGAGCUGAAGCAGCCUCAGUCAACAUAGAGACACUCUUCAAAAAGUUUGGCAACCUGAAGCCCGGCGAGGAACCCUGGAAGAAAUAUGGCAGGGUCAAUGAUUGGAAUGUCGACCUCGUCCCGAAGCUACUUAUGUCUAAUGGAGAGUUGACGAAUAUCCUCGUCUCUACCGACGUCACAAGAUACCUUGAGUUCAGACAAAUUGCUGGAAGCUAUGUCCAGCAGGGAAGUGGUUCUAAAGCAAUGGUUGCGAAGGUCCCAUCAGAUGCUGGGGAAGCUCUUCGGUCAUCAUUAAUGGGCCUUUUUGAGAAGCGCCGUGCGAAGAAAUUCUUAGAAUGGGUUGGUGAAUUUGAUGAGAAAAACCCAAGUACUCAUCAAGGACUUAACAUGGCCAACUGCACUAUGAAGGAGGUGUACGAUAAAUUCGGACUCGAAGAUUCUACCCGCGAUUUCGUCGGUCAUUCCAUGGCGUUGUACCAGUCGGAUGGGUAUAUCGGCGUACCUGGCGGAGCAAGUGAGACGGUCAACAGGAUCCGCCUAUAUGUAAACUCGAUGGCUCGUUAUGGAAAAUCCCCUUAUAUCUACCCUCUGUAUGGUCUCGGUGAAUUACCUCAGGGAUUUGCCCGCUUGUCCGCUAUCUAUGGUGGUACUUACAUGCUCAAUACCGACGUGGAUGAGAUCCUCUAUGAAAACGGCAAGGUCUCGGGGAUAAAAGCUACUAUGAAGGAAAAAGGAGAGCCCGGGCCAGGAAUGAGAUUUACUACUAAGACCAAGAAGAUUAUCGCAGAUCCAUCCUACUUCCCCGGAAAGGUUCGAGUUACUGGAUACCUCCUCAAGGCCAUCUGUAUCUUGAACCACCCAAUCGACAAGACCGAUGGAAGUGAUUCUCUUCAGCUCAUUAUCCCGCAAUCUCAGAUCGGCCGUAAGCACGAUGUUUACAUUGCGAUGGUUUCAUCUGCUCACAACGUCUGCCCAAAGGGCUACUACGUCGCCAUUGUAUCCACCAUUGCUGAGAACGAAGCCAACCAUCAUCUCGAAUUAGAGCCUGGUUUCCAGCGUCUAGGCAAAAUUGAAGAGAAGUUCAUGGGUCCUCCGAUUCCGUUGUAUGAGCCAAUUGAUAGUGGCGUGGAGGAUAAUAUUUAUAUAUCCAAGAGUUACGAUGCGACUAGCCAUUUUGAGACUACGACAGAUGAUAUUCGGGAUAUCUACAAAAGGGCUGAAGGCCAUGACUUGGUGGUCGACGGCCUCCGGGAGGGUACAACUUUGGUCGGCGAACAAUAA